ACGGCCUCGCUUAACCGAGAGAACUUCCGGGUCAAACAGCAGAUCCAGCAGAUCACCACCGGCAGGCGUCUGGUUGGUCUCCACUCAUAUCUUUCAAUCUUGAAGACUCCAGAAUAUACCUGGAUCUAGCUUUUUUUUUUUGGAAAAUUCCGGUACCAAGCAAUCAGUGUGCUCUUGUUAUAAUAUAGAAGCUAUUGAGUUCUCCAAAUAUAAACAAGAUUUUCUCCCAUUUUCCCAUGAAGCCACUUUGUUGUUUAUCCACUUUAGUGGUGAGUGUUAUUGUGCCAGCUGCUUUUGCUUUGGAAGAUGUAGACUUCAACCAAAUGAUCCCACUGGGAACAAAUCACAGCUUUUCCAAUGCAUCAUUUCUUCCAAGUUUUGAACUCUCAGCGGAUUCCCACUCUGGUGAUGACGUCAUCAUAGCCAGAGAGGGAACUAGUGUUUCAAUCAAGUGUCUUCUCACAGUCAACCGCUAUGAACAGGUCUCUUGGUACAACUCAAAAGGACAGCAGCUGGAUGACAGAGACAGAGGUGGAAAAUGGUUGGUUUCUGAUAACUUCCUGAAUAUCACCAACGUAGCCUUUGCUGACCGUGGGCUCUAUACGUGUUAUAUCACCUCUCCAACCCGUGCCUCCUACUCAGUCACCCUGCGUGUCAUCUUCACCUCGGGAGACAUGAGUGUCUACUAUAUGGUGGUUUGCCUGAUUGCCUUUACAAUCACUCUCAUCUUGAAUGUUACACGGUUGUGCAUGAUGAGCAGCCAUCUUCGUAAAACUGAGAAAGCCAUCAAUGAAUUCUUCCGAACCGAAGGGGCAGAGAAACUUCAGAAGGCCUUUGAGAUUGCAAAACGCAUCCCCAUCAUCACCUCGGCCAAGACUCUGGAACUCGCCAAAGUCACGCAAUUUAAAACCAUGGAGUUUGCUCGUUAUAUCGAAGAACUGGCAAGAAGCGUCCCUCUGCCACCCCUUAUUCUAAACUGCCGGGCCUUUGUAGAGGAGAUGUUUGAGGCUGUGCGAGUGGAUGACCCUGAUGAGAUGGGAGAGAGAAUUAAAGAGAGACCUGCCUUGAAUGCUCAAGAUGGCAUCUUUGUAAUUAACCCAGACAUGGGCAGGAGUAAUUCACCAGGAGGAGAUUCAGAUGAUGGUUCCCUGAGUGAACAAGGCCAGGAGAUAGCAGUUCAAGUUUCUGUCCACCCUCAGUCAGAGACGAAAAGUAUUGAUACUGAUUCUCAAGACAGCAGUCAUUUCAGCCCGCCUGAUGAUGCAGGAUCUACCGAAUCGAACUCUAACUACAAAGAUGGGUCAUAUGAAAGCUGCCAGCUGUGAGCUACCCUCAUACCUACAAAAACAGCUUGCAGAAAAAGAACAUGUUUCAUGCAGAAAAUAACAUUUUUACCAAAAAAUAAGUAGGAUUUCCCCCCCCUCAUUAAUAUUAAGCCUAUCAGAACAUGAAUUAUUACCAAAAUCUUUCUAAAAAUUCAGCAUUUUUCCUAUCUGAUCUUUCUCAGUCAUUUUCCCCAAGCUUUAUUAAAUGAUACACCUUGAGAUUUAAAGGGGUCUGAGAGAUCAGUGUAACGGGGAAAGUACCACACCCAAAAUUACAUGACUUCUCUUCUAGUCACGGUUCUUUCAUUGUUUAAAGCUAACACUUCUCUUGAAGCCUCAGUUUUCCCACCAGUAAGAUGAGGGAUUUGCACUAGAUGAUAUCUGAAGUCCUUUCUAGCCCUCUGACUUCUUACCUGCCACCUUUAAACUAUAAGAAUCUUCAGCUUAUUUCUAAAUCCUUCCCUAGACUUUGAAUCCCUUUUUACAGUUUCUGUAAACUGUAAACCGAGCUGAGAUUUUAUUCUGUGAUUUGGAUUCCUGCACCAAUGCUAUGCAUAGAGGUGUGGGUGUUUUUCGGAUGUCUUGCUGGUGGAGCAUACAAUUGUAUAUGCUCGAUUGAAUCUUUCCAGUAUCGCCCAUGAAUAUAUUGCUAUACAGAUAUCAGGGACCUAACUGCUCAUGAGUAAGCUACUUUUCAUGAGUAAAUUGGUCCUUGUGAGGGUAUAGCAGUCUUUUUAACUUACUGAGUCAUCAUUUAGCUCACUGAGCUGACAGUGAUUUCUCGGCUGGUCUCCAAAGUGAAAAAUUUGUUCCUAAAGAAUAAUGUCUUCAUUGUUUUUAGAAUAAGAAGCAGUGUCAAAUCAUCUGUCUCUGGUAAAUUACGGAUUUUGACAUUUCUGUUAAUAGAAUUUCUCAGGCUUUCCCUUUUUAAAAGUACUGGACUCUACGAGACAGUUCUGUGUUUGGGAUCUCAUUCCAGAGGAAAACCCACAGCUGAAUUCCUCUUUGGAUCUCUGUCAACACUCUUUACUCUAUCGUCUUAAAUACGGUGCUAAAGGUUGCAUGCCUUCUUACCUUGUUUGUCUUGUUUAUGUUUUAUUGUUGCUGAGGUUUUUAUUUUUGUGUACAUCAGAUGUAGAAUUUUAAGCUAGGGCUGCUUUUGUGGCCUCUCUGAGAAGCACUAACCUGAAAUAAGAUUAGAUAAUGGUAUGUGGUGUAUGUUACUAUAUUAAAUAUAUAAAUACAGAUAUACAGGUAUAUAUACACACACACAUACAAAUGAUCUAGACAUAAAGAGGGAGAAAAAUUAUGAAUGAUGCCACCUGAUUCAACUGUGUAUAAUAAACACUUUGGACAGUGUGUGUUGCCCGGCUGAGAUCUGACGUAGUGGAAUUGUAAAUACUCUUCAGAGUCAUUUCUUCAACUACAGUGAGCUUGGCGUCAUACAACUUUAAGAACUCAGCAGUGGAGCUCCGUGUGCUUCACAUUUCCUCAUUUGGCUUCUGACUACUGAAGCUUUACUUGAACUAGAGGCUCCUGAGGGAAAUGUUCAGGGGAGGUUUUAUCAGGACUUUAAUUUAAGGUUUCAAAUGGAGGAAGACAGGAAAUUUGAAGUGUGGCUAGAUAGAACUCCUGCCUCCCUUUGUGAAGGCUUAUCAGAAGUAAUACAUCUGUUCUGGAUAGUAUGAAUGAAUCAAUAUGCAGUUUUAUCAGAUGGCAUUUCAGAUAAAGACGAUAAUGCUGCCUUUUCUGUCUCUCAGGCUGUUUCCAUAGAAACCUCCAGAGCCAAACAAAAGCUACCAGUCAUUUAGCCAAAUCUUGUCUUGGCUCAUAGACCUGUAUUCCUUUAAAGAAAACUGUUUUCAUACAUUUGGCUAUGAGAACAAGGGCUCUGGAACAUGCCCUAGAUUGUAGAACUCUUCUUCCCUUCCCAGAAUGUUUCUCUUGAGAAUUUAAAAUUCUUUAAAAUCCCUUUCUAAGGUCUGAGUCUGUCCCCUGAACCUCCCUCAGAUCUUUAGAUAGCACUUCAUAACUUGUAACAAUAUAGCAGGUUUGGGAUCCUUUUUUAGAAUGUAGCUUGUCACAUUAAAGAGAAUGAAUUUACCCCCACAUGUUUUCAUAAUAGACAUAGGUAUUUGGAACCUUAAGGUAGACAUAUUUAAUGAUCAAAGUCCUGGGAAACAGGGCUUGGGAAAAAUAACAAGAAAUAUUCAGGAAAAAACUAUAAGUUGCAUAAUACUGUAUAACAAGUAUAAGCCACUCUAGUGUAUCCUGGAUAAAUUACUUUAGAAGUGUAAUGGUGACAAUUUAGUGGCCAAAGUAAUUGGAUUACUCUGAGUAUUCCAGGUUAUGGUGCCACUGAUAAAGUAGGUCAAAAUUUGAUUGGAGCCGGUGUUACUUGCCAAAUCUGAAAUAGUUGUUCACAGGAAGAAAAUCACACUCGCUAACAUUUUCUCUAGCUGAUUAAUCAACUACUCUUCGUAUAUAAUUAGUGCUCAUGUUAUCUUUUUGUAAAAUCCUUAACCUUUUGAACUUCAACUACAGUCUAACAGUCUUUUGACAAUAGUGGUGGUGUAAUUAUCCUUCUGUCUUGCUAGAUUUUAUAAUUGGUGAACAUGCCUUUACUCAGCAAAUUGGAUUUGCAAUAGUUCUGUCAUGUCAUUUAUAAAUUCUCUCUUGUAUUGGGAUUUAAUGACCCUUAUCAUCCUUGUGAAAUGAAAUGGUGGCUUUGUAAAAUAAACUGACCAAGACAAGGCAUAUAAACAUUUUUAGAGAUUCCUUGCCAGCUGAAAUUCCUUACCAGUCAGGCAUCUUUUGAAUUGGUAUGCCACUUGUUUAUAAGCUGUUUGAUAAACCUAUCCUCAAAGUUGUAUCUGUUCCAACACUUUAGUUCUUGAGUCUGGCGCAGUGAACAUGUUUAUCUCCUCCCAGCCACCUUGAUAUAAGUAUCUUGGGAGUUGCUGACACGGAAUGGUUGUAAGGCUCCUAGCUUCUUCACCUCACUUAACACAUAUUUUAAAGUGAAAAUUCACAGCUUUCCCUUUUGUCCUCAGUGAACCCCCGCCAUAGUCCUCUCCACGCCCUGCACGUUGUCUCGCCCUAGGUCAGAUUUUGUAUUCUGUAUCCCCGAGCAGCAUGGGAGCAUGGCAUGCUUGUUUCCAGGGCCCAGCCAGUCAUGGGUGCUAGUCUUGCCUCCACACACCAGCUAUUGUAACACAAGUAUUGAAUAUAUCAGAUUUCCUGAAUCGCCAUUUAAAGAAUACAGUCUUUUCUCUCCUAGGCCGGCAAUGUUAAAAAAUGCUAAGCCUCAUGUAUAAACUCCUAGGUUCUCAACACAUUUCAUAAAAGUAAAUGAGCUACUUAAUAUGGUUCAGAUGAUGUUUAAAUAGUUACCAUUUUAAUGAAUACUUAACAAUUUUGUCAUUUUUUUUUAAAAAAGUUGUACUUGAACGUAAUGCAUUAAAUGUUCAGUGGAGUAUA